CUUCCGGACUCCGCCGUUAGGGGAAGACAGCCAAUGGGAGAGCUGGGGCGCGAGCCGGCUAGAUUCAAAGAUGCCUAUAAAUGCGGCCUGCACGCCCACACCCGUCCGAGUUUGGUCGCUGCCCAGCGCCACCAUGGCUGCCCUGCUGCCCGACGGCCUGGACGAGCUGCCCGCCGCCUGCCUGUCCCCCUGCGGGCCGCCCAACCCAGGCGAGCUGUACAGCGAGGCUCAGCGCUUAGCUCUCGAGGAGCUAGUGGCGCGCGGCCCCGAUGCCUUCGCGGCCUUCCUGCGACGCGAGCGCCUGGGCCGCUUCCUGAACCCCGACGAGGUGCGCGCCGUCCUGCGAGCGGCCGAAAGGCCCGGCGAGGAGGGCGCGGCGGCUGGUGCCGAGGAGUCCUUCGGCUCGUCGCACGACUGCUCGUCCGGCACCUACUUUCCCGAGCAGUCGGACCUGGAGCCGCCGCUGCUGGAGCUGGGCUGGCCGGCCUUCUACCAGGGCGCCUACCGCGGCGCCACGCGCGUCGAGGCGCAUUUCCAGCCCCGCGGCGGCGGCGCCGGCGGCCCCUACGGCUGCAAGGACGCGUUGCGCCAGCAGCUCCGCUCGGCGCGCGAGGUGAUUGCCGUGGUGAUGGAUGUUUUCACAGACAUCGACAUCUUCCGAGACCUGCAGGAAAUAUGUCGGAAACAGCGAGUUGCUGUGUACAUUCUUCUGGACCAGGCCCUGCUCCCUCACUUUCUGGAUAUGUGCAUGGAUCUGAAAGUUAAUCCCGAGCAGGAAAAGCUGAUGACAGUUCGGACUAUUACAGGAAACAUCUACUAUGCAAGGUCAGGAACUAAGAUUGUGGGGAAGGUUCAUGAAAAGUUCACAUUAAUUGAUGGCAUUCGAGUGGCUACAGGCUCCUAUAGUUUUACGUGGACAGAUGGCAAACUAAACAGCAGUAACUUGGUCAUUCUGUCUGGCCAAGUGGUUGAACAUUUUGAUCUGGAGUUCCGAAUUCUGUAUGCACAGUCACAGCCCAUUAGCUCCAAACUCCUGUCCAACUUCCGAAUCAGUGGCAAGUUUGACCAUCUGGUGGACUGGAAACCACUGUCCAAGGAGCUCACAUUGGGAAACCUGCUGCGGCUGCGGCUGGCCAGGCUCUCUAGCACUCCUAAGAAGGCCGACGUGGAGCACGAAGCACCUGCUGAGGGCAUGGCAGAGGCUCGGCGCCAUGACUCUGAGUCCUCCACCAUCAGUGAUAAAGACUACCUCAGCAGUCACAGGGAGGAAGCAGAGGGCAGAAAGGUGAUGGAUGCUGCCACUCAGACAGAGCCAAGAGAGGAGAUGCCUUCAGUGAGCAUGAGUGAUGUAGAGACACAAACCAGCAUUGCCACAGCCUGUGCUGGGGCCCAAACCACAGUUGCCACCCAGGUGGCAAGCUCCCAAACUAUGGUUCAGUCCAUCCCAGCCACCACCCAGACUGAUGUGGAUGAGAUAGUUCUUUCUUCUCAGGGAACCCAGUCCAAAGAAGGGUCACCAGUAUCAAAGAUGUCGGUGUCCAGGUCUUCCAGCUUGAGGUCUUCCUCCUCUCUGUCUUCUCAAGGCUCUGUGACAAGUUCCAUUGGCUCUCAGACUUCCUGCCGACCCACUGACUUCAUCACUGCUGGACACCCCACGUACUGGAGCAACCCCCAUUUGGACAUAUGCGUAAGAGACUCCUUUAGAAACUUGAAUAAAGAACGGCAGUUUCAUUUUGCUAGUCUCCGCUCCCGGCUUAACCACUUGCUGGCCAUGCUUUCCAGAAGAACGUUCUUCCCUGAGAACUACCUUGGUUUUAAUUCUGGAACUGUUACGAGAGCUUCAGUAAAUCUGAUAACCAUUAGAGAUAUUCCACUGUAUCCCUCCUAUCAGUGACAACUUAGCCUUGAGAGAUUCCAGUAGAUGUCAUCAUCUAUGUCCUGCUUGACAGACUGUCCCACGUUGAAUUCGCUUUCUUUCACCUGACUUUUAGUCACUAUGACUUUCUUUGAAUUCUAUAACCUGCAUAUUACUUUGCAUACUUUUGUCUUACUUUAUCAUGUACACUAGAUGCUACUUUUAUGAUUUAAACACUACCAAUCUAGUUAACUUUGCAUGAUUUUAGUAUUGAUUUUUUUUUUUUUUUGAAGGGAGGCCACUGCUUCACAGAUAGCAGCAGUUCAAAACGGAGGGGAGGGGCCGGGUGGUGACGCACCUGGCUGAGCACACACAUCACAGUGCGCAAGGAUCUGGGUUUGAGCCCCUGGUCCCUACCUGCAGGGGGAAAGCUUUGUGAGUGGUGAAGCAGGGCUGCUUGUGUCGCUCUUCCUCUUUAUCACCCCCUUCCCUCUUGAUUUCUGGCUGUAUCUAUACAAUAAAUAAAUAAAAAUAAUUUUUUAAAAAGUUAUUUAAAAAUAAGUAAAUAAAAAUAAAUAAAUAAACAAGUAAAUAAAUAGAAAAAGAAACAGAGGGGAAAGAGGCAGAGAGGAAGAAAGAGACAGAGAAAGACACUAUAGGGCCAGUUUCACUGCUCGUGGCAUUUCCCUAGUGCAUAGAGCUCCAUUAUGGCUCUCAGGGCUUGAACCCGGGUCCUUGCUCAUGGUAAAAUGUGCAUUCUACCCGGUGAACUAUCUCAUGGCCCCAAUAUUGCUGUCUUUUAAAGAGAAUAAUUAGGUGUCAUCAGGUCAAUUCAGGCUAGAGAUGAGGUAUGUUUUGUGUGCCAGGGAUUUCUCCUAACAGUUGUGCAGAAGACAUGUAUAUAAGGGGUCCCAGGUUUAGUGCCUAGCACCCUUGUUAGAGCUGAGGUGUGCUCUGGUAAAAACAAGAAAUAUAUUUAGCAUCUUUCUUUAUCUGUGUUCUUUUGUUUCUGAGGUGAAUCAUUGUGAUUUAUAAUUAAAAUCUUGCUGUCAUCUCUUUUAGAUACCUAUCUUGUUAGCAUUAAACAACAAUUUUUGUUGGUGAUUGCUUAUGUAAUUAAAAAAAAGUUUUUUUGCUCUCUGGCACUUUUCUUUUUGACUCUUGAGUGUGUUAUGGGUGAGGUACUUAGUAGCUACGGGAAGUCCUCAGAGAAUGCCCAGGGCUCUUACACCCAGUCAAUAAAUGAGUUUGUCAGUCAACCA